CAAGGGCUGCCUCUUUGUGUGGUUGGCUGGUGUAAGGCUUGCCUUCCAGCUUUUGGAAAAUAUCUUUAACUUAAUCACAUUCACAUGACAAACCCUAAAUUAAAAAAAAAAAAGAAACCCAUGAGUAAUGCAGAAAGGAGAGAAGCGAGAGAGAAGUCUGAGAGCAGCGGAUCGCUUCACAGGCAGCGCGGAGCUGUCAGAGAGAGAGAGAGGGGAGGGUGCAGCCUUCGCAGAGACGAGAUCGGGGGCAGUUUAACCCCAUCCGAUCUCCGGGCUGGCGAGGAGAGAGACAGAGCGAGGAAGGUCCAGUAACCAGGCCAGGGCUGCGGAUCGCAACGAAAGCUCAGGACUUCCCUCCUGGCGUCACUCAGUGCUGAGGCGUGUUGGCUUCGCAGGAAGCAGGUUUUCCUCCCCUGGCUUUGCAAAGCCCCCUUUUCCGUGGAGCCUCAUGCACUCUGCAGAGCAGCAGCCCAGGCGGCAGGAUGGCUCCCUGGGAGAGAGGCGCUAAGGUGCUGGUCCCCCUGCUGCUGCUGCUCGCCCUCCUCGGCGGCCCCAGCGCCGGCCUGGAGGUGCAGCACAAGUUCCUCUCGCCCACCUUGACCAACAACUUCGCCCUGGAUGGGCUGGGCAGCAAGAUCUACCUGGCGGCUGUCAACAGGCUCUACCAGCUCUCCGGCCCCAACCUGACGCUGGAGGUGGAGGAGCAGGUGGGCCCGGUGCCGGAUAACCCCCUGUGCCACGCGCCCCAGCUGCCCCAGGCCUCCUGCGAGCACCCCAAGGUGCUGACCAACAACUACAACAAGAUCCUGCAGCCGGACCCGGAGCAGGGCAUCGUGGUGGUGUGCGGCUCCAUCUACCAGGGCUUCUGCCAGCUGCGCAGCAUGGCCAACAUCUCCGCCGUGGCCGUGAGCUUCCCGCCGGGCGGUGCCGGCGGCGGGGGGGACCCGGUGACCGUCUUCCCCAGCAUGCUCAACAUCGCGGCCAACCACCCCAACGCCUCCACCGUGGGGCUGGUGCUGCGGCCCGCCGGGCCGGCGGGUGGCGGGCGGCCGGACACGCGGCUGCUGGUGGGGGCGACCUACACGGGCUUCGGCAGCCCCUUUUUCCCGCGCAACCAGAGCCUGGAGGACCAUCGCUUCGAGAACACGCCCGAGAUCGCCAUCCGCGCCCUCAACGCCCGCGGCGACCUGGCCAAGCUCUUCACCUUCGACCUCAACCCCUCGGACGACAACAUCUUCAAGAUCAAGCAGGGGGCCAAGGCCCGCCACAAGCUCAGCUUCGUGCGGGCCUUCCUGCACCCCGCCCCCCCGCCGCGGGGCCCCGGCGGCGCCGCCUACGCCUACCUGGCCCUCAACAGCGAGGCCAACGCCGGCGACAAGGAGAGCCACUCGCACAGCCUGCUGGCCCGCAUCUGCCUGGCCGAGCCCGGCCGCAACGCCAGCGCCGGCGAGACCAAGAAGCUGACCGAGUCCUACAUCCAGCUGGGGCUGCAGUGCGGGGCCGGCUUCACCCGCCUGGUCUCCGUCUUCCCGGCCACCGCCGCCCUGCAGCUGGGACCCCCGGCGGCGCCGCAGCCCCAGGAGCUGCUCUUCGGGGUCUUCGAGAGAGCCGCCCCGCCGGGGGCCCGCCAGCUCUCGGCGCUCUGCGCCUUCCGCUUCGCCGACAUCGAGCGGAGUAUCCGGCAGGCCAGGAACUCGUGCUUCGUGGAGCCGGACUCCGGGCUGGUGACCGUGCUGGACAGCGUGGUGCAGGGCACCGGGCCGGCCUGCGAGAAGAGGAACAUCCAGCUUCAGCCAGAGCAAUUAGACUGUGGAGCAGCCCAUCUCCAGCACCCUUUGGCCAUUCUGCAACCCAUAAAGGCAACACCAAUGUUCAAAUACCAGGGCCUCACUUCAGUGGCCGUUUCCAGUGUCAAUAAUUACACCGUUGUGUUUCUGGGCACAGCGAAUGGAAGACUCCUGAAGAUUAAUCUGAACAGUGCCACGGAGAUUAUUAGCAGGAAGUCAGUUUCAGUGGCUUAUGGGGAAUCCGUUCAUCCCAUCAUGCAGUUUGAUCCUUCUGAUUCCAGCUACCUCUAUCUCAUGACUUCCUAUCAGAUGACCCGUGUGAAGGUGGCUGCCUGUGACCAGUAUACAACAUGUACAGAGUGCCUGGCUGCAGCUGAUGCUUACUGUGGAUGGUGUACAAUGGAGACCAGGUGUUCUCUGCAGCACGAGUGUGUUAAUUCCACUGAGCCAAAUUUCUGGACAAGUGCGAGUGAGGGAGUGCAGCAGUGUCCUUCAAUGACAAUCAUGCCAUCGGAAAUUAAUAUUGACAAUGACAACAAGGCCAUGAUAAUCCAAAUAAAUGGGAACAUCCCGAGCCUCAGUGGAAUGGAGAUGUCUUGUGAUUAUGGAAAUAAUAUCUACACUGUCGCCAAAGUCCCUGGAAAUGAUGUAAACUAUUUUAUUUAUUGUAAUUUUCUUCCAAGAGAAAAAUAUCCCGCGUUCCCACCCAGUCAAGACCAUGUGAUUGUUCAAACUGCAAUACGGGUCAACGGGAAAAAUAUUGUCUGGGCCAAUUUCACCAUCUAUGAUUGCAAAAGAACUGGACAUAUUUACCCCAAAACGGCAUGUACCAGCUGCCUCUCGACCAAAUGGAAGUGUUAUUGGUGCUCUAAGAAAUACAUGUGUGUCUCCAAUUACUCUGAUUGUGACGACUCACUAAAGAUGAAUAGCACCACUGACUGUCCACGGAUUGUACCUGCCUCGCUAGAACCGAUGCCCACGGGAGCUUCUCAGGACAUCAUGAUCUCACUGGCUAAUGCUGCUUUCCCUAAGGAUACUGUUUUGGAAUGUCAUUUUGGAACUGACAGGACGUUUGAAGCCAGAUGGGUGAACACCUCCACCGUUCAGUGCAGCAGUGUCCUGCUCCACACAUCAGAAAAAAGCCAUAUCUUCCCGGUAAACCUUCAGCUGAAGGAUAAACCAGACAGAUUCAUUGACAGUCCACAGAUGAUGACAGUGGAGGUCUAUAACUGUGCCACUGGAAGCACAGACUGUUCUCAGUGCCUGGGGAGAGAGGACAUGGGGCACCGAUGCAUCUGGAGUGAGAGCAGCUCCAUUUGCAGACUAAACACUGAAUCCCCACAGAUCCCAGUCAUUUGUCCUGCUCCGGAGAUUAGGAAGAUUGAGCCCCUGAGCGGGCCCUUGGAAGGAGGAACUCUGCUCACAAUAAGAGGAAGGAACCUGGGCCGUAGGUUCAGUGAUGUUGUUAAUGCUGUCAAGAUAGGGAGUGUGAGAUGUGCACCACUCUGGGACAGAUACAUGGUCUCUGAGGCGAUUGUAUGCCAGACUGGAGAAGCUCCCUUUAUAUUUUCCGAUGUAGUGACAGUUAACGUGAGCAGGGAAGGGAAAUCAAAGGAGCGAUACUCCUAUGUGCUCCCUGAGGUGCAGUCCGUUGCUCCAGGGGCUGGCCCUAAAGCCGGAGGGACCAAGGUAACCAUCAGAGGGAGUAAUCUCAGCGUAGGAUCUGAUCUCCGCGUCCUGGUCAAUAGCACUAAACAGUGCACAGACCUCACUCGAACUGCUACCACCAUCACAUGCACCAUGCCGGCCGUGGAGCUCACUAUGGCAGUGCGACUCUGCGUCCAGUUUGAGAACAAGUCUUGCAUCAAUGAUAACAUCACAUUCAAGUAUGAGAGAAACCCGACUAUAACAGAUAUCAACCCGACAAGGAGUCAGAUCAGUGGAGGCAGGAUCAUCACUCUGGAAGGACAUGGAUUUUUGAUGGUUCAGAAUGUGUCGAUGGUGGUUCACAGCAUCGGGAAAGAACAAACAAACUGUAAGGUUCACACCGACACUAUGAUUACCUGCCCCUCUCCAGCUGCCUCCAACCUCACUGUGGGGAGUAAGCCAGCGCCGGUGGACUUCUAUAUCAAUGGACGCCUCUACAUGGACGACAGGCUGGCUCCCGAUGAGUUCAUGUACCCUGAGGAGGCCCAGCACACCAGCAAGUUUGGCCUGGAGUACUAUGCUGACCCCCAGUUCUUCACAGCCAAGAAGGAGAAAUGGAUCAAGCACCAUCCUGGGGAACCCCUGACUCUGGUUAUACAUAAAGAGCCUGACAACCUAAGCCUGGAAAAUGAUGAGUACCAAGUGAAAAUUGGCCUCAUUUCCUGUGAGAUACAGAUUGUUUCAGACAAAGUCAUUCACUGCUCAGUCAACGAGUCACUGAGCACAUCGGAAAGACAGCUGCCCGUGACGAUCCAGGUUGGAAAAUUCAACCAGACAAUUGCUAUGCUGCACCUUGGGGGUGGCGAGACAGCGAUCAUAGUCUCUAUAGUCAUCUGCAGUGUCCUGCUGCUUCUGUCUGUCGUAGGCUUAUUUGUGUUCUGCACUAAGAGCCGCAGGGCGGAGCGCUACUGGCAGAAAACCUUGCUCCAAAUGGAGGAGAUGGAGUCCCAGAUCCGAGAGGAAAUCCGCAAAGGUUUUGCUGAGCUUCAGACUGACAUGACAGACCUGACCAAGGAGUUAAACCGCAGCCAAGGGAUCCCAUUCCUGGAGUACAAGCACUUCGUGACACGGACGUUCUUCCCCAAAUGUUCUUCGCUCUAUGAGGAGCGUUACGUUCUGCCUUCCCAGCAGCUCAACUCACAGGUCGGGUGUCAGGUCCAAGAAACUCAUCCCUUGCUGUCAGGAGAAUGGAAAAUUCCUGAAAAUUGCAGGCCCAACAUGGAAGAAGGAAUUGCGUUAUUCUCCACCCUGCUCAACAACAAGCACUUCCUCAUCAUAUUCGUCCAUGCACUCGAGCAGCAGAAGGACUUUGCUGUUAGAGACAGGUGUAACUUGGCUUCCUUGCUCACUAUUGCAUUACAUGGAAAACUGGAGUACUACACCAGCAUCAUGAAGGACCUGCUGGUGGAUCUCAUAGAUGCUUCAGCUUCCAAAAACCCUAAGCUUAUGCUGAGGAGGACUGAGUCUGUGGUGGAAAAGAUGCUCACCAACUGGAUGUCCAUCUGCAUGUACAGCUUUCUCAGAGAGACAGUUGGAGAGCCCUUCUUCCUGUUGCUCUGUGCUAUCAAACAGCAGAUCAACAAGGGUUCCAUUGAUGCCAUCACGGGAAAAGCCAGGUAUACUCUCAAUGAAGAAUGGCUGCUGAGAGAGAACAUUGAGGCAAAGCCAAGGAACCUCAAUGUGUCCUUCCAAGGCUGCGGCAUGGACUCUCUGAGUGUUCGGGUCAUGGACACAGAUACUCUAAGUCAAGUUAAAGAGAAGAUCCUUGAAGCUUUUUGCAAGAAUGUCCCAUACUCCCAGUGGCCAAGAGUAGAAGAUGUUGACCUUGAAUGGUUUGCCACAAGCACUGACAGCUACGUCCUGCGGGACCUCGAUGACACUUCAGUGAUGGAGGAUGGCAGAAAGAAGCUCAACACUUUAGCCCAUUACAAGAUUCCUGAAGGUGCCUCUCUGGCAAUGAGUUUAUCCGAUAAGAAGGACACCACGCUAAGUCGAGUGAAGGAUUUGGAUACCGAAAAAUACUUUCAUUUAGUUCUUCCAACUGACGAACUGAUUGAACAUAAGAAGUCCCAUAGACAGAGCCAUAGGAAAAAAGUCCUACCUGAGAUCUACUUGACCAGGUUAUUGUCUACAAAGGGAACACUGCAGAAGUUCCUGGAUGACCUAUUCAAAGCCAUUCUCUGUAUGCGAGAGGACAAGCCGCCUGUGGCUAUCAAGUAUUUCUUUGACUUUCUGGAGGAGCAGGCAGAGAAAAGAGGGAUCUCUGACCCUGAUACUUUGCACAUUUGGAAAACCAACAGCCUACCUCUGAGGUUUUGGGUCAACAUUCUGAAGAAUCCCCAGUUUGUCUUUGACAUCGACAAGACUGACCAUAUAGACGCCUGUCUCUCUGUCAUAGCCCAGGCCUUCAUCGAUGCCUGUUCCAUCUCUGACCUACAGCUGGGCAAGGACUCACCUACCAAUAAACUACUGUAUGCCAAGGAGAUUCCAGAGUAUAGGAAAAUAGUGCAGCACUAUUACAAACAGAUCCACGACAUGCCGCCUCUCAGUGAGCAGGAAAUGAAUGCACAUCUCGCAGAGGAGUCACGGAAAUACCGGAAUGAGUUCAACACCAACGUGGCCAUGGCUGAAAUAUACAAAUAUGCCAAAAGAUACCGCACUCAGAUAGUGAAUGCCCUAGACUCCAACCCCACCACGAGACGCACGCAGCUGCAGCACAAGUUUGAGCAAGUGAUCGCGCUCAUGGAGGACAAUAUUUAUGAGUGCUGCAGUGAGGCUUAGGGGGUGCUCUGGACCGAACCAGCUCCUGGAAGUGACCUUCUCUGUAGUGCACUGUCCACUAGGGAACAUGCCUUUAAACAAAAUAUAUACAUGUAGAUAUAUAUUUGAUUGUGUCUCUUACGGUUACUGUGUCACCACAUUGUUGGUGGGCAUGGCCAUUGGUGAGAUGAGCCAGCAAGGGAUGAGAAGCCACCAAACAACGUUUCAAAUCACUUCAAAUCCCUUUUGUUGAUCUGCACUGCAUGGUGCCUAUAAUUUAUUUGCUCUUUCAAGAACUAGAGAUGUGCCACUUUCUAUUUUCCUUUAAGCUGCAUGUGAGCAGCCGUCAUCUCCCUGCAUUCCUGCUUCCAGAGAGACUCCUUGCGGCCUAGAGCCCAUGCUAGGCAAGCGAUAAUGAUGGAUGCAAAGCAGCGGGGAAGCCUCAGGGAGUGAUGAAUGGAGAUUUCAAAGGCUAUUGGAGCAGCAGCAGAACUUCCUUAAUUAUACCCCUCUUCUGUAUGUUUUAAAUACCAGGGACUCUGUUUACUGUACACUAUCUGCUGCAGUAGAUGUUUUUUGUGCCUUUUAUUUUUGUACUGUAUGUGUAAACAUAACCACUCCAUCUGCAACUUGUGCCAGGUGGGGAACUCAUGGACUAGACAGUGAGAUUGCUUCCGAAGUAGUCAAGACAUGCGAAAGCACUUUACCCCUAAUGGAAAUGGUAAUUACCUAGCUGGAAGGAGUGUAUUGUCCAUUUGACAAUGUCAGAGAGGAACAAAUCGGGGCAGCUGUUCCCACUUCCCCAAGUUUCCCAGAUGUUUGUGCACACACUGAACUGGAGUUGACAAAUAUCCCCUAAAUAGCCACGUUUCAUCCAGCUGGUCACAGGAAUACUUUUACCUAGAAGUAAAAGGAAAAGAUACGUUAGGGGUCUAAGGGCAAAGUGUCCUUCCCUUUAUACCACCUUCCCUGUCUUCCAGCAUGCACAACCCACAGUUGGAUUCUUCUCAGUGUAAAUCUGGAGUAAUGCCAGGGCGUUUAACUUGUUAUUUAGUAUCUACACUGGUGGAACAGUACAGAAUUGACCAAAGCUGUGCUCCAAUGGCAGGUAGUCCCUCUGAACAUCUUCUGGAGCUCACACGGUGCUCAGCAGCUGAGUUAUACUCAUGGGACUGGUGAAAAUGUAGGAUGUUGUGAUGGAAAUAAACUUAAUCAGGGCCAGUAUUAUGGGUCUGUUCCUAAAACAGCUUCUGGGCUUGCUGUGUCUGGCAUGCUGAUGGCCGCAGCUAUUAACUUAAAAUGAAUAGAAGGUUAUUGCUGUAUCAGCCCAAACAGCAUCAAAGAAAAUGUAGUGUGACUCCAGAUGCCUAUCUAGCAAUCCCUGCAAGCUGGAAUGACUCCAACUAUUUUAGGCUAUUGCGGGACAAAGUCCGCCCUCAGUUAAGCCAGUGUAAAUAGAGAGUAACUCCAUUUAAGUCACUCCAAGGCAAUGGAGUUACAUGCCUGUAAAGCUGGAGUAACUGCUGUGACUUGGAGCAACUUUUCUACAUUGUCUCUGGAUUUACACUGGUAUAACAGAGAAAAAUGUCACCCGAAUGGCGCUCUUGCCGAUUCCUUUAUGCUGCUUGCAGAAAGGCAGCACUUUAGAAUACAAGCACUCUUUCUCCCUUGUUGUCCACUGGUGCAGGACUACACCACAAUUCCAUGGCUCCCUUUUAGAGAUGGAGCCUUCGCUUGCUGCACUUACCAGAAGCAAGCACAUGAAUGCAAGAGGAGCCGAACUGCCCAUGAACAAAUCCAGUUUGGCACCAAACUUUCAUAGUACCAAAAAAAAAAAAAAAAAAAAAAAAAAAAGCCACUACCUCACCCAAGGCAGGGUUUAAAGGGGACUCUCCAUAAUGCACUUGGCUGAGCACUUGGCUAAGAAUCAAGCUGGCAGUGAGCUAUUUUGGUUCAACCAAAAAAAAAAAAAAAAAAAUAUAUAUAUAUAUAUAUAUAUAUCCGUUGGAUAGAUCAUUGCCAGGGCCUCUGUCACAAACGUUUUAGAAAUGCCUUGAGUAUAGACUAUGGGGAUUUGGAGCAGCACAGCUGAUUUUAUAUUCUAUAGAUUUUAAAAAUUACACACUUUAUUGGGAGGGAGGGGGGAGGGGAGAGGGGAAAGAAAAGCUUAACCAGAACUGCAGAAACGUACAUACACUGUGGAAGUCUGUCUGUAGUUGCUGAAUAAGUGGCUUCAGCCUAGCAAUGUUACAAAUGUAGCUGGGCUACAUUUUAUUUUGAAAGAGAUUCUUUUAAAAAACUUAAUUUUUCUUCUUUAAAAACUGUGAACAGCUGCCAGAUACACACAGGGCCAAUGCGGGGACGCUGAAGGUGAGACAUGUCAGAGCAUAGGGCAGUGGGUGUGAUGAAGGGGUGCAAGGGGAUGGUCCCAUGAGAUGGUGAUCCCUGUGUUGAAACACUGGGAAGGUAACAGGCUAAUUAGUGUGAGGCUAUGGAUCUGCUCCAGGUGCUGUGGUUGGCAAGCUUGCCUUAUGGCCUAUGCUUAUUUAAUCUUUUUUCCAAAGCAAAACAAAAACAAAAACGGAAACAUGCUCUUUGCUUCAGCCCUUUGGAAGCAACAGAGUUUGAGGGUUGGCUGUAUUGUCUUGACCCUGACCCUUUGUAAUAUAUUUUUAACUUUGUCAUGUAUUUGUCAGUGUGGGUCUCUUACCUGCUAUUUGGUGGAAUCUUUGAAAACUUAUCUUUGUAAUAAAACAUGGUGAUCAAA